AUUGAAUUGUUCUUCUGCCUCUAUGCGAAACACUGGAGUGACCCUCAGCAGUGUAACUCCUCUCACUCCCGGCUGCUGGGGUUCUUCACGUGCCUUCCAGGAAUAUGGAGAGCUCUUCAGUGCUUACGUCGAUAUGCCGACACGAGGAACGCCUUCCCUCACUUACUCAACUUCGGAAAAUACAUGUUCACUGUCCUCUACUAUUGUACCCUGAGUCUCUACCGUAUCGACAAGGUCUCGAGCUUUGAGGCUCCGUUCAUCACGUUUGCGUUGCUGAAUGCUGUCUACUGCUCCGUGUGGGAUCUCGCCAUGGAUUGGAGUCUGGGAAACCCUCACGCGAAGAACCCAAUGCUUCGUGAGGUGCUCGCCUUCCGGAAGCCGUGGGUGUACUAUGUUGGGAUGGUUAUCGAUGUUGUUGUCCGCUUCAACUGGAUCUUCUAUGCGAUCUUCCGCAAGGACAUACAGCAUUCGGCUGUCCUCAGUUUCGCUGUUGCACUCUCAGAGGUGGGCCGCCGAGGGGUGUGGACGAUCUUCCGUGUGGAGAACGAGCACUGCACCAACGUUCUUCUCUUCCGAGCAUCCAGGGAUGUUCCGCUACCGUACGAAGUGCCCAAACCACAGGCUCCGUCGGCUCAGCCAGAGGAGGCUAUGCAGCUUCAAGACCACCAGCCUCUGGCGCCCGUCCCUACCAUUGGCGACGCCGAGCAAGGAACCCCACCCACUCCAGGCUUGUCUGUUCGGAGCCCACGUGGUCUUGCUCGGGUUGGUACCUUGUUGGCUGCGGCCCAUGCACAAGACUUCCAGCGUAAGAGGCGUCCUGGUGAGUUGCAUAGCGCUUCGAUCACCCGGGAGGGCCUGGAUACGCCGGAUGACAGUACAGAUGAGGAAGAAGGCUCGCGGCCGUCGUCCGAGGGUGGCAAUGUGAUAGUGGAAGAGUAUCGUGAUGAUGACGACCGGGAGUAACAGCCUCUGAGCUGGUUGAGGCCACGCAUCCAAACCCUAGCGAUAGGAUAUCUGCAUUCAUGGCAUAUAUUAGAGGAUAGAAUUUAUACAUAAUAUCGCAUAUAAUAGAUGAUCAUAUGUUAUGAUGCUGCGAAUUCGCGCAUAAGCCUUGUGUCUUUGUGCUCCAAACUCCA